AUUUUAUUUCCAUUGUUGGCACAACUGCUAUCGGUCAUCUUACAGUCGGUCUUUGCCUUAAAAACUUCCUUCUUGUGAAAGCUGCUUAAGUUUUCAGAUUAAACAAAAAUGGAAAACGACGCCGGAGAAUUUGUUGACUUGUACUGCCCGAGGAAAUGCUCGGCCAGCAAUCGUAUUAUUCACGCCAAAGACCACGCUUCCAUCCAAUUAAACAUUGCCGAAGUUGACCCCACAACCGGCCGUAUGACAGAUACAAGUAAAAUGUAUGCUAUUUGCGGAGCAAUCAGAAGGAUGGGUGAAUCUGAUGACUGUAUCGGUCGUUUGGCUAAGAAGGACGGUAUUGUUGCAAAGUGA